CAGCCAUGUAACAGCUGGCAUCGACAUCGACCUAUAAAAAAGCCCCGUGCGCCGGGAAAAAUUCUUCAAUAGCCCUUGUCUCAGCUCACACACGUGUUCUUCCAACUCCAAGCUGUAAUUUACCACCAGAGGAAUAUAAGUCUCUUAUCACUAUUUAUUUUCGCUGUCACUGAUUGUAGGGCUCGUAUGUGGUUGAGUUGGAUCUCUGAAACUGUGGAGCUGCAUUCGCAAAAGACGGUUAUGCACGCACGAGGUGAUCGAGUCUAAACACGUGGCUCUAACUUCCUUCAAUAAAUUGAAUCGCCUGUACAUGUACAGUGUCAUGUUAAUGCUAAUCUGAAUUGGUAUAUGGAGUUGCAGAACUGUCUGGAACAGCACUGCCAAGUCCUCCAAACCUCUCAUUAAAUUGUUUCCAAGAAGGCUAAGAUGUCUAGUCCUCAUGUCUUGGAUAUCCUGAAACAAACUUUGAUGUCCUUGCAGCUCCUCUUUUGUUUCGUAACAUUCGUCGCAGGAUUGGAUACUCAUGUUUCAGCGGAUGGGUUUGAGUGUCCGCCAUCUAAGAUGAUCCUUUCAUCAUACGAGUGCCGUAAAUGGGACGGGAGUAUCGGCAGGUGCACAAAGAAGACAUGUUGUGCUGGAUACCAGUUUGCAGACGGCCGCUGUGUUUCUAUUGAGCAAGAUGUGUGUGCAGAUGCUCCGUGCGAACAGCAAUGCGAAGAUGAUUUUGGACGUGCCCACUGUACAUGUUACCCUGGAUACGAGAUGAACAAGGAAAAAUACCGCGUCAGGGAACAUCCGUAUUGUGAAGAUAUCAACGAAUGCAGCAUCGGAAACGGCGGCUGUCUUCAUCAUUGCAACAACACAGCCGGGAGCUAUUAUUGUUCUUGUUUCCACGGUUACCGUUUAGAUGCGGACGGUAAAUCGUGUGUUUUGGAGGAAGGUACGAAUAGCACGGCUCACAAGAGGGACAUUGGACCUGGUAAUUCGUAUGAGGGCGGGCGAUGUCAGACCAGCUGUUCUCAACUCCAGUCGUUUAAGGAUGCCAUAUUAAAGGUGCAGUCCAAGAUAAUCAUCCUAGAGAGCAGAUUACCUCAACCACCCACUUUAUCCACCAGUGACGUGCUCCUCCAUUACAACGGCAACCAACAACCUCUCCAGCCGAGUCGAGGACCUAAAGGAGACAACGGGGAGCCUGGGGCAGGUCUGCCCGGCCCCAAGGGAUUACCUGGCUUACCAGGUAUGCCCGGGGCCAAGGGGGAGCCAGGACCCAGGGGUGCAGCUGGCACCCACGGCCCACCGGGUGUAACAGGAGCUCCCGGUCCGAUUGGAGUACCAGGAGGCCAAGGAUCUAAGGGCGAUCUUGGUGAUGUCGGCCCCAAGGGGGAAGCGGGUCCCCCUGGUCCAACAGGUCCGAGGGGGUACAUGGGGCAUACUGGCGUAACAGGUGCACUGGGACCUAAAGGGGAGAAGGGAUCUUGCGUCUAUGCUAGAGCCAGAGGUGGGUUAGUCUCCAGUUCGACAGCACCCAAGGGACAGAAGGGGGAUACUGGGGAGCCUGGCCCCAUGGGAUUAAUGGGGUCGAGGGGAUUGACAGGGGAGAAGGGAAGUAUUGGACCGAUGGGACCCCCAGGACCACCGGCACAGCUGAUGAUCGGUGAGGCGAACUUGACGGUAGAUGAGCUGAGUCAAAUGCAGGGGCCUAAGGGAGCUACAGGACCUAGGGGGUUGUCAGGCCUUCCGGGUGUCAAGGGCGAAAAGGGUGACUCCGGAUCCAGUGAGCUUCUCCUCCUGAUCAUAGCGAAGAUGAAGAAGGACAUCAUCAAACUUCAGAAACGAGUCUUCAGUGAUGACCACGUGAUAACCUCGACCAAUAACAACGAGAGACGCAACGGCUCGAACGCGGCCGAUGACGUCAUCGGUACCGCUGACACAGACUUGACCUUUACGAGUAGUUCUUGGACGAGGGACGAGAAUGAGGGCUCUGGAAAUUAAAUUUGAAGAAAAUAUUCGAAAAAUUGAUAUAAUGGGUGAAAAGCCUUCCACUUUGUGAAUACUAGCAGAUGUUUUUACCUCGUUCCGCAAUGUUUUGAAAUUGCAGGAUGAACUGAAUGUUUUCUUUCUCAUGACAGGAGAAAACUAGUAAUUAUACAGGGCUUGUUGGGUUUAUAGAUUCAUUAAAUUAACAGUUUUUAUUUGCCGGUGACCAGUUUUGAAGUACCGGCGGAAUUCAGGUUAGUAUAAGACAAAACUAAUCUUUAAUUGUGCUGCAAAUGUAGUAUUACGUGAGAAGGAGAAAUUUUACUGAACCUAUUUUUCGAUUUUGACUUAAUUGUUUCUUCUGUAUAUUUGAUAGAGUAAAAGCAAGUUGAAACGAAUUAAAAUAUUGCUGCAGAAAAUAUUGUGCAAACAAAAACAACGAGAUCUAUCCAUCUAUUGAAAUCAUUAUCGUCUAUUGAAGUAAUUAGGUGUGUUGACCGUGGAUUUUUUUUUUACAAAUGUCUUUUUGGUAAUAUUAAGAGCACUCUUAUAGAAGCUAUCAAAAUUAUGAGAUUCUUUUUUUUUUUAAAUCAAUGAAAAUUACAAGUUUCAAUCUCGUUACAAUAUUUUAAUUUUAAAUAUUUUUUUGAUGUGUCUUCGCAGCCGAAAUUCCGAGUCCAUGAAAAAAAAAGUAAGACGAGAGUUUGUCAACUUUUAAACUUGUAUUAUAUCGUUUGAAAUUGUGCUAUUAUUGUCAUAAUAAAACUAAAACUGUGUACCACGUAA